UUCCACUUUAAGAAACUGGAAACAUAAGAGCAAAUGUAACCAAAAGUAGAGCCUAACCUCCCGGGAUGAGGGGAGGGCAAUGAAAACUCCAGAACUACAGGCCUUCCAGAGCAAUCUUCCAGCCCUUCAAACAAGAUAGAUCUACUUCAACAGUUAUACCGUACUAAGAAGUGGCCGCGAAGGAUUACGGUAAACGUAGUUUUUGAUUUGCGAGCCCAGCAGAACUCCAGCCCGGCCGCCAAGUACCCUGCGCAUGCGCCGCUUCGCCAUUUUGUUGGUCACCCUCCUGGACCUGGAAAUUUCGUGAAGUCCGAAAUCCCGAAGUUUCCAGAUUUCUCAACAACUCUUAAGAUCCCCGUUUCCCACCUUCCAGGAAGCAGAGGUUUAAGAACAAGCCGAAUUGGACUGGUAGAUGAAGAAGCAGUGGGGAUGAUCACUCCUCUUUUAGUUAUAUCUUCACAGGUCUCUAUAUUUUUUAAAGAACGCAGAAAAUGAACAAAUCCCAGGGGUCAGUGUCAUUCAGGGAUGUGACUGUGGGCUUCACUCAGGAGGAGUGGCAGCACCUGGACCCUGCUCAGAGGAUGCUGUACAGGGACGUGAUGCUGGAGAAUUAUCACAACCUUGUCUCAGUGGGGUAUUUCAUUACCAAGCCAAAAGUGAUUUUCAAAUUGGAGCAAGGAGAGGAGCCAUGGAUAUUAGAGGAAGGAUUUCUAUACCAGAGCUUCCCAGUAUUUUCAUUUCUAGAAGGCUGCAAAACUCAUGACCUAACAGAGAGAAUCCAGGACAACCAAGACAAAUAUUUGCCACAAGUUGCAUUCAACAACAAAACAUUGACUACAGAGAAAGUUAAUGCUUUAGGAAAAUCAUCUAAUAUGAGCACAAACUUUGUUUCUUCAAGAAUAAUGCCUUAUAAAUAUGACUUGUAUGGAACGAGUUUGAAAAAUACUUCAAUAUCAAUUAGUAGUAAUAGAAACUUUUCAAGAAAGAAGCCUGAUGUGUUAAAUAUACAUGAGAAAUUACUUGUUAUUAAGGAGGAAAAAUCUCAUACUCAAGGGGAUUCUUAUGAAAAUAAUCAAAAUGAGAAAGCCCUUGAUCGUAAUAAUGGUAUUAUUCAGCACCUAAAUAUCCAAACUUCAGAGAAGACGUUUAAAUAUAAUAAUGGUGGGAAAGCCUUAGAGAAAAAGACCGUGAUAAUCCCACAUAGGCAAAUUCAUACAGGAGAGAAACUCUGUGAAUAUAACGGACAUGAGGAAACUUUCUGUGAGAAGUCCUCUCUCUUGAAAUGUCAUGGAAUCUACGUGGAAAAGAAACAACAUGAAAGCAGUCAAAUUGAAAAUAAUUGCAGCAGAAUGUCACACUUCACUCAACUUCAGAAAAAUCAGAGAGGAGAGAGGCUAUUCAAAUGUAAUGAAUGUGGGAAAACAUUCAAUCACAAGUCAAACCUCACAGUGCAUCAGAGAACACAUACAGGGGAGAAACCCUAUGAAUGUACUAAAUGUGGGAAGUCCUUCCAACAGAAGUCAACGCACGUGGUCCAUCAGAGAGUUCACACAGGAGAGAAACCCUAUGAAUGUAAUUUAUGUGAGAAGACCUUCAGUCACAAAUCAGCCCUCACAGACCAUCAGAGAACACACACAGGAGAGAAACCCUACAAAUGCAGUGAAUGUGGGAAGUCCUUUUACCGAAAGUCAUCCCUCACUCAACAUGGGAGGACUCACACAGGGGAAAAACCCUAUGAAUGUAAUGAAUGUGGGAAAACUUUCUGCCAGAAGUCAGCUCUCAUUCAACAUCAGAGAACUCACACAGGAGAGAAACCCUUUCAGUGUAAUGAAUGUGGUAAAACUUUCCGUCAGAAGUCAGCCAUUGAUAUACAUCAGAGAACUCACUCAGGAGAGAAACCCUUCCAGUGCAGUGAAUGUGGGAAAUCUUUUCAUAUGAAGUCAAAUCUUACUAAACAUCAGAGAACUCACACAGGGGAAAAACCCUAUGAAUGUAAUGCAUGUGGAAAGAAUUUCCGUCAGAAAUCUACCCUCACUAAUCAUUUGAGAACUCACUCGGGGGAGAAACCUUAUAAAUGUGGAGAAUGUGGGAAAACUUUCUGCCAGAAAUCAACCCUUACUAAUCAUCAGGGAAUUCACAUAGGGCAGAAGCCCCAUGUGGCACAAACUGGCUAUGUUUUUCCCAAUACUCAUUUCCUUUUUUGUGUGGGUACACAACUAGUUAAGAUUUUCUAGCUUUCCCUUGAUGCACAUGAGGUUAUGUGAUCAAGCUCUGGAUCAGAAUGUGGGCAUAAGUGAUGUACAUUAUUUCCAAGCCCGUGAAAGACCUCAUUUGGAAUCCUUCCUACUUCCCACUCUUUCCCUGUCAAAGGUCAUCCUCAGGACAGCUUGGGAGCGAGGCAUUAGAGAUUACAGAUUCACAAGUUGGAAGAAACCAGGGUCUCUGAAUGACUCCCUGAGCAGAGCCCUCCCUUCUCUACCAUGACCCUUAAGUCUUUUCAGGAACAAGAAAUAAACUUGCAUUGUGUUGAGCCAUCACAUGUUCAGGUCUAUUUGUUGUCAUCCUGUAUUUCAUAUACCCUGUGAAUCUAAUGAUGGAGUGAGAAACACUGUAUGUCAGAGAAUUCAGUAAGAGAGAACCCCCUGUCAGUAUCCUGCAUUUUAAUAACCCUUCAUCAGCAAGUCAAACAUUUUGUAAAUCAGAUAUUUACCAUGGAAAAACCCCAAGAUGAAAUGGCUGUAGGAAGAUUUUCACAAAGACACAGAUUUUACUGAACAUCAGAUAAUUGAGAGUAGAAUAAAACCUUAUAAUCUCAAAACACAUUUCAAAAUUUGUAUAUCAGAGAAUAUGUGACAGAAGAAAAUUGUCAGUUUUAGAAAUGUUGGGAGCGGCUUCCCUGGUGGCGCAGUGGUUAAGAAUCCGCCUGCCAAUGCAGGGGACACGGGUUCGAGCCCUGGCCCGGGAAGAUGCCACAUGCUGCGGAGCAACUAAGCCCGAGCGCCACAACUACUGAGCCUGAGCUGUAGAGCCCGCAAGCCACAACUACUGAGCCCACGUGCCACAACUACUGAAGCCUGCGCGCCUAGAGCCUGUGCUCCGCAACGAGAAGCCACGACAAUGAGAAGCCCACGCACUGCAACGAAGAGUAGCUCCCGCUCACCGCAACUAGAGAAAGCCCGCACACAGCAAUGAAGAGCCAACAUAGCCAAAAAUAAAUAAAUAAAUUCAUAGAAAAAAAAUGUUGGGGGAAUCUUCAUCUGGAAAUAAUCUAAUUCUAGAAGCAAGGUUUUGGAUGCAGUACCAAAUAUCUUAUUAGAAAUAUAACAGUAUGUUUACUUAGUCAUGCUCACCAUGGAAUAUGUAGCUUUAAAAAAGGCACAAAUGAGUUGAAGCAUCAGAGUAGCAGCUUUCAAUGUGUAUGUGAAUAGCCUCUGAGCUAUGUCAGGCUGAUACACAUGAGUAUGCUCUUUAACACCUAUUUCAUGUAUGUUUGAUUUUUGUUUUGGACCCCAAAAUAAUCAUAGUGGAAUGA